CAACGGACAGCUCGAGGGCAUAUAUAAACGAUUUCGUCAGCUUUGACCACAAAAUAUCACUCUUAGAAACCAAUACAUCGUCAUUAUCAGCAUUAUCUUCUCCCGAAUUUUACUUUUUCGAUAUACAGAAUUCAACCGAUAUCAUGGGUAGCGAAGUAACUGCUGCGGCGGCCUCACACCUCCCCGUCCAGAUGCAAGUCAAUCUUGGAGGAAAAAUAAUUGCCAUUACUGGCGCAAAUCGUGGCAUUGGUCUCGGCAUCGCUGAGUGCUGUUUGGCCAACGGCGCCUCAAAAGUAUACAGCAUUGAUUACGCAGACGAUGUUGGCGACGACUUCAAAACCCUCUCAAAAGUGUACCCGGGCCAGCUAUUUGCUCUGAAGGCGGAUGUGACGAAGGAGCAGAGUAUUACGGAAGCUAUCGACAAGGUGCUUGAAGAGGCGGGCGCAUUGCACGGUGUGGUGGUCAACGCAGGACGAACAAAUCACAAGAGUGCGCUCGAGUUCACGACUGAAGAGAUUGAGGCCUUGUUUGCUGUUAACCUUUUCGGAGCCUUCUACACUGCCCGCGUCGCCGCUCGCGCUUUUAUCAAACAAAACGUCAAGGGAAGCAUCGUAUUCACAGCAUCGAUGGCUAGUUACCGCCCCAACAAAGUCGUCCCCUCGACACCAUACGGUGCCUCGAAGGGUGGAGUCCGCAACAUGACACAUACGUUAGCCAUGGAAUGGGCACAGUACGGUAUCCGAGUGAACUCCGUCUCUCCCGGACUUGUGAAGACGGCUAUGACUUACUGGGUUGAGAAGCAAGCCGAUUGGGAGACGCAAUUGAAGUACUACCGGGGCAUCCCGAGGCUCGCAGAGGUGCAGGAGUUGGGUGGAGCAUAUGUUUAUCUGCUGAGUGAUUCUGCAAGUUAUACAACUAGCAUUGAUAUCCCAGUGAACGGUGUUAUUGGCAUCUGCUAA